AUGGGGGGCUUGAUGGGCCUCCACAAAAACAAGCCAGAUGAGGGUUUCAUGCGUGCGGCGAUGGCAGCAAGUGAAUUUCCCAAGUACUUCCACCACACCAAUUCGCAUAGGAUUGGUGGAACCCAUCGUCGAGGGUACCUGCCAAUGACGCCCGCACAGGCAAUUGCGUUCUCCAGGAGCGACAGAGUGCCUUGCGUGGUGCAGUACUUGGAAGGAAGAUACCGCACGCUGAAGCAGCUGAUGGCGCAGACGCAGCUGGUGGCAUCUGCGGAGGAUCCAUACAGGUUCCAGGAGCUGGUUCGCGCGGAGGAGCUCUCGAAUUUCCUAAAUCGCGCCGACAACUCCGUGAUAUCCAGAGAGGAAAUCUCGAAGUUGGGAGAAGCGUUGGCUGCAACUUUAAAUGCAGGACGUGGAGCACGCACAGACUACACGGCGCCACUGAAGCACUCCGAGGAGAAGGCGGUCAGGUUUGAUAAAUCAUUCUAUGGAAGUGGAACCCGUCGUCCAGUUCCAGGAACAAGCUACAAAACAGUCCAACUUUGA